UCCCCCUUUAUGGGGCACAUGUCUGCCUCUUACAACAGCGAGGCACAUGGUUCCAGUUGGGCGCCGAACCCCGCCGGGACCGGGAGGAAAUUCACAUCCGUGGGACGCUCCGCGCGGAACCAGCUCCGGCGCGAGAGGCCCGGGGACUGCAGCAGCGAGAUGAGGGGCUAGACCGCGGGGACGCGGCUCAUGCGACGGCCGGGAGCGCCUGCGAGCUGGAUCUGGUGGAGGAUGCUGCGGCAGGUGCUUCGCAGAGGGCUCCAGUCGUUCUGCCACAGGCUGGGCUUGUGCGUGAGCCGGCACCCGGUCUUUUUCCUCACCGUCCCCGCAGUCCUGACCAUCACCUUCGGCCUCAGCGCGCUCAACCGCUUCGAGCCCGAGGGCGACCUGGAGCGCCUGGUCGCUCCCAGCCACAGCCUGGCCAAGAUCGAGCGCAGCCUGGCCAGCAGCCUUUUCCCCCUGGACCAGUCCAAAAGCCAGCUCUAUUCGGACUUACACACCCCUGGGAGGUAUGGCAGGGUGAUCCUCCUCUCCCCACCCGGGGACAAUAUUUUGCUCCAGGCUGAGGGGAUCCUGCAGACCCACCGAGCCGUGCUGGAAAUGAAGGUGAACCACAAGGGCUAUAAUUAUACUUUUUCCCAUCUGUGUGUGUUGAGAAAUCAGGAUAAGAAAUGCGUGCUGGAUGAUAUUAUUUCAGUGCUAGAGGAUCUCAGGCAGGCUGCCGUCUCCAAUAAGACAACAGCCAGGGUGCAAGUGAGGUAUCCCAACACUAAAUUAAAGGAUGGGAGGAACGGUUUUAUUGGACACCAACUGGGCGGGGUAGUGGAAGUACCAAACAGCAAGGAUCAGCGGGUCAAGUCAGCCAGAGCCAUUCAAAUCACCUACUACCUCCAGACCUAUGGCUCUGCCACCCAAGACCUCAUAGGGGAGAAGUGGGAGAAUGAGUUCUGUAAGCUUAUGAGGAAGCUCCAGGAGGAGCACCAAGACCUCCAGCUCUACUCUUUAGCAUCCUUUAGCCUCUGGAGAGACUUUCACAAGACCAGCAUCAUGGCCAGAAGCAAAGUCCUGGUGAGCCUCGUGCUGAUCCUGACCACAGCCACCCUCUCCAGCUCCAUGAAGGACUGCUUGCGCAGUAAGCCCUUCCUGGGCCUCCUGGGGGUGCUCACGGUGUGCAUCUCCAUCAUCACGGCAGCAGGGAUCUUCUUCAUCACCGAUGGAAAGUACAACUCCACCCUGCUGGGAAUCCCGUUCUUCGCCAUGGGUCAUGGAACUAAAGGAGUAUUUGAGCUUCUGUCUGGAUGGCGGAGAACCAAAGAGAAUUUGCCCUUCAAAGACAGGAUAGCAGAUGCCUAUUCUGAUGUGAUGGUCACCUACACCAUGACCAGCUCCCUGUACUUUAUCACCUUUGGCAUGGGUGCCAGCCCAUUCACAAACAUAGAGGCCGUGAAGGUCUUCUGUCAAAACAUGUGUGUCUCCAUUCUGUUGAACUACUUCUACAUUUUCUCCUUCUUCGGCUCCUGUCUCGUCUUUGCUGGCCAGCUAGAGCAAAACCGCUACCACAGCAUCUUUUGCUGCAAGAUCCCUUCUGCAGAGUACCUGGAUCGCAAGCCCGUGUGGUUCCAGACAGUCAUGAGCGAUGGGCAUCAACAGACAUCGCACCACGAGACGAACCCCUACCAGCACCACUUCAUUCAGCACUUCCUCCGAGAACAUUACAAUGAGUGGAUUACCAAUAUCUACGUGAAGCCAUUUGUUGUCAUCCUGUAUCUCAUCUACGCCUCCUUCUCCUUCAUGGGGUGCUUACAGAUCAGUGACAGAGCCAACAUCAUCAACCUACUAGCCAGUGAUUCGCCAAGCGUUUCCUUCGCCAUGGUUCAGCAAAAAUAUUUCAGCAACUACAGCCCCGUGAUAGGAUUCUACGUCUAUGAGCCCCUGGAGUACUGGAACACCAGCGUCCAGGAGGACUUGCGAAAGCUCUGUGGUGGCUUCACUGCAGUGUCCUGGGUGGAGCAGUACUACCAGUUCCUGAAAGUCAGCAACAUCAGUGCCAAUAACAAGAGUGACUUCAUCAGUGUCCUACAGAGCUCAUUUUUAAAAAAGCCAGAAUUCCAGCACUUUCGAAACGAUAUCAUCUUCUCCAAGGCGGGAGAUGAAAACAACAUCAUUGCUUCUCGCUUGUACCUGGUGGCCAGGACUAGCAGAGACAAGCAGAAGGAAGUCAUAGAAGUGUUAGAAAAGUUGAGGCCCCUAUCCCUCUCGAAGAGCAUCCGAUUCAUCGUGUUCAACCCCUCCUUUGUUUUCAUGGACCAUUACAGCCUGUCUGUUACAGUGCCUGUGCUGAUUGCAGGCUUUGGUGUUCUCCUGGUGUUAAUCCUGACUUUUUUCCUAGUGAUCCACCCUCUGGGAAACUUCUGGCUAAUUCUUAGCGUCACCUCAAUUGAGCUGGGCGUUCUGGGCUUAAUGACAUUAUGGAACGUCGACAUGGAUUGCAUUUCUAUCUUGUGCCUUAUCUACACCUUGAAUUUCGCCAUUGACCACUGUGCACCACUGCUUUACACGUUUGUAUUAGCAACUGAGCACACCCGAACACAAUGUAUAAAAAGCUCCCUGCAAGAGCACGGGACAGCCAUUUUGCAAAACGUUACUUCUUUUCUUAUCGGGUUGGUCCCCCUUCUAUUUGUGCCUUCGAACCUGACCUUCACACUGUUCAAAUGCUUGCUGCUCACUGGGGGUUGCACACUUCUGCACUGUUUUGUUAUUUUACCUGUGUUCCUAACCUUUUUCCCCCCUUCCAAAAAGCACCACAAGAAAAAGAAACGGGCCAAACGAAAGGAGAGAGAGGAGAUUGAAUGCAUAGAAAUUCAAGAGAACCCUGAUCACGUCACCACAGUCUGAGGGGUGCAGACUUAACGGAUUAUUUUUCUUUUCCAGUAUCGCACAACGAUGCAGGGCGAGGAAAGCUCAGACCUCAGCUGCUUGGGCUGGCCAGGGGUAACAAGGCAAGUCAGAUCAAGAGUGCAUUAUUCAUGACACAUCGAAGUGUCUGCUUCUUUGGGGUAAGAGGGAAUAAGAAAAGGGGGGAAAGUUCUUUGCGACCUUGUUCUCUACUAAAGAUAAUUUUCUGGAUGUGAUCUUAGAGUUCUUCCAAGGAAUGGACAAAUCAAUGAAGUGUUCAGAUAGAAGGCCAGAAGAAGCAACUGCUUUUGAAAAGAAAAUGCUUAGGAGAGAUGGAGAAGAGAGAAAAGGUGUCCUCCAAGUAGGGGGAAAGACAUAGGAAAUGUCAAAAUUGCCAUGGCACUUUUCAUGUUUGUUUUUUGAACAGCUUGGUCAAAGGAAACCUAUGCACACGGGAAGUAUAUAUUUAAUCCUGUCUAAACCAAAGGACUUCCCAAUCCAUUUUAUGUGUACAUACAUAUGUAUAUAUGUGAUAUAUACAUAUACUUAGACCUGUCUUUAGUAUACAUUGACAUUUGUGUGGAGGGAGAUGUCCAUUUGCAGAUCGGCUAGCUUUUCUCUAGAAAGCCAAAUCAACCUUAGCCAAAUAUAUAGUCUCAUUGAUAGCCAUUCAAAAUCAACUCAAGAGUCUCAGCAGUAAGCAUAUUAUUCAAUUGUGGAAUAAGCAAAAUAAACUGAGAUGUGAGUCCAUUAGGUUGUACAUAUUAAGUUGUCAGUCAUUGAGACUCUUGCUUUGGAUGAUGUAGCAAAAAAAAAAAAUGCAUUUAAGUUAAUUACCACAUGGAUAAGGUUUUAAAUUUUAUGUUAGAAAUAAAUAGCUCAUAUGGCUUUCAUUGGGUUUUAAUAAUCCUCUGUAUUUGGGAGGCUGAUAUGGCUGCUUUCAGAGAGCUCACCCAACUGCAAAUGAGCACUUGACAUAUAUUGUCCAUCCAUAUCUGUGUAAGGGUGCACAAGUGUGUAUGUGUGAGUUGGUGUAUUCCAUAGUUGUACUGUUCUUAUUUUAGAUGGUGAAAAUAUACUGCCAUGGAAAAUAGGCAAUUAACACAGGAGAAAGGCAACCUAACUAGGAAACUUGUAUGGUACGAUAGAGUAAGAUGGACCAUCGCAACUCAUCGUGCGCCAUCAACUGGUUCUUAUCGUAAGGAAAAUAUUCUAAUCCUAUAAACUCUAGUGUGUUCCUUGCAUUAAUAUUUGGAACAUUAACCCAGGCCAUGACCACUACAGUAGUGGUCACUGUAACUACUGCAAUAUCAUUCUGUAGCUUCUUGCAAUAUCAUUGUUCUUGUUACCUAGAAAGUGCUCCUGAGUUGGUCCACCUCCUAAGGUGAUCCUAGCUCUCCGCAGGUGAUAUAUUAACUGUAAUUGCUGCUGAACUCUUUCUCAAAAAAAGUACUGAGGUUAAUGUUUUCGUUGAGUUAAACUUUAAAACUGUUCCCCAGCAGAUAGAAUCAGUCUGUUGUGGGUGCUUACUUGGAUUAACGUUGUGCUUCCUGCCACAGAAAAUUACUAGAAAAUGUCUUUUCCCAUGCCAAGCAGUAACAUAAUUUAUUUCCAGGUAGGACAGAACAAAUGUCCAAAGAUCUGCCAUGCUGACAAGCUCUUUUACCAGGAAGAAAGCUGUUAUUUCCCAUCAAUUUGGGUUGUAUGUUUUAAUCAAAUUAAUAAUACUCAUAUCUAAAAAAACCACAACAUUUCUGGACUCAAUUAAGCUCAGUAGAUACAAACCAUUCCAUUCUGGUUACAGUCUUUAGAAACAAAGUUGGUAGAUUAAUGAAGUGACAAAACAAGUGUACUUUUACAAAUAAAGACUUUACUAGAAUAUGAAAAGGAAGGGGAACAGACUCUAAGAUGAAAAGCAUUUAAGUAAAAUUUUAUUUAUUGAAUGGAGUUUGUUUUGUCCUGCCUUGAGGUCACUGAGUUUCUAGUCAAAAUGAUCCAUGUCUUCUCUAUGGUGUCCAUUUGGGCACAAAAAUCUAUAGAUCUGAGUAUGGGAAAUAACUGUCCAUAGCCAUAGGAUUAUUGUUUUUACAUGAUUUGUAAAGUCAUGUCACAGAUAACGCUAGCCUUUUGCCUCGUGGACCGCUGUGCUACGAUGAACCAGUAUUUGAGGUUAAUAGACCUCCAGACCAUGAUCUCAUAUCUGAAGUUGAAGUUUCUGAGAUUUUUGGUUUGGGUUUUGAUUUAGGUUUUGGUGUUUGUGGGGGGGCAUGGAAAGGAAGAUUCCUCUAUUACAGAUUACCUAUAAUUUGUGAAGAUUUUUUUUAACCUCCCUUUCAAAAGAAGGGAGGUAAUCAACUUAGAAAUUUCAGAAACUAUCACCUCAUUUCUUCCCAUGGUGUGCCAUACUCCAUUCAUUCACCUGUUUCUUCAAAAGCUUGCCUAUUUGGGUCAGUUUUUCCUGAGUUAAGGUAGACCAUUCCACAUGCAAAGAAGAUCUCAGCAGAUUGAUUUAUAAAGAAAGAAUCAAGCACACCAAUUGUCAAAUGCAUGUGGGGAUAAUGGCAUAUACUGCCAAGCUACCAUGGCAGUGCUAGUAUCAUGUCUCCAUUGAAAUAAUCUCCAUUCGGAUGAGGAAAAACAGUUCUUUUUUUUUGCUUAUAUCACCAAGGACUAAAGUGUCUAAGAUAAAUAAAUAUGAAUUUCUCAUUGUUUAAGUGGCUCCAGGGCAUUUUGGAAAGAACAUUAUGUUUUCCAGGACACCACGGUACUCUUUAGUGAACUGUAGCAAUAAUUUACUGAAAUGGAAUUCCUUGUUCUGGAAGAGUUAAUGUAGCAGCCAAAAUGCCUUAACUCAGUCCUAGAAGGUAGUUUAAGCCCAAGAAGGAUUUGAGCAUCAUCUGACCUCUCAACCUCACUGUGAAACAGAUAUUUCCAAGAAUUCCAUUUACUGAAUGCCUAGAUAAGUCCAAAAAUAUGAGAUCAUGAUUUGCAGGUAACCACCAACAAUCUCAGCCUUUUUCAGUAGCUUGUGUUCACUUCUCCCUUGUCUUUCAAGUUUACUCUCAUUGUUUUGUCUCUGUGAAGUACUGAUGGUGGUCAAAUUAGGAAUUUAUUUAUUGUCAGCAGAUGACCAAUCAACUCCUAGAAGAGAAGAAAUCUGUGGGAUAUAUAUGAGAUUUUUGGAAUAUUCUAUUUAAUUGAAACGUGUUUUUCCCUUAAAGUGAGAGAUUUUAAAGUUUGCAAAACCACCCCCUUUUCUGCAUUUAAAGUGAAGGGCGGAUAUGUUUCCCUCCAUCAGAAUUUAAAUUUGAGUUAGAAAGCGCCGUGUAAGCUCCACUCUUAAUGAUGCUAACAAAGCUUCGAAGAGAUACUCACCUAAAUCACAGGAAAAGAUUUGGCUAAAGGUUAGAUUCUUAACCUCUGUGGUUAAAGGUAACCAUACACUAACUUAGACGAUGCUUAACUCUUUUUAAUGGAAGUUGUGUUUAGAUGUCAUGCCAUGCAUUUUUGCAGUGACCAUGAACCUCUCUGAAGGUCGUGCAUGAAUAUUCCAUGAAAGAACUAUCCUUCUCUGUGGUUGUGUCAUGUGAGUGUCUCUUGUCCAUUACAUUCCCAUUUAUUUCCACAGAAUUUAGAUUUUACCUUGCGAGGUAAGAGGAAUAAUGUUGACAAGUGAAGCUUUUGUGAUGCUGUCAUAGUUAUUCUUAAAUGUUGAAGUCCAGAGUGUGAGAAUUUUGUCCAUUUUGUAAUUAUCUAUUGCACUUUCUCAUAAUAAGCUAAUCCUUCUAGGCUUGUGGUUAGAGCUAGGGAUUAACUAUUGCCAUUCAGAAUUACAUGUAUUUUUAUAAGUUGACUGUAAAUAUUAUAAUUACAGUCACAUAUUUUUAUGACCAAAUAGUUAUGAGUGCAUGGCACUAUGCAUGCAUUGUUACUAAUAGUACAUAGAUUAUUAAAGACACUAUUUUCAGGGUUAUUGCACCUUUUAUUAAAAUUCUUAUAUCACCUAUUCAUAAAUGCUUCAUGGGUUUUCAUCCCAAGGGCCAAAAGUUCAUAGAAAGUCCCAUCCCAAGAAAAGCAAUUUAAAAGUUGUCUUACUUGGCUGUCAGUAGCAGCCACCUCUUCUAGAAUGUCCUCUGGAAAAUCUCAGAAACUAAAUCUGGCUUCCAGGUAAAGGGCCUACCAUAUUCUGCAUUAGUAAGUAAAUAAACAUACUUUUAUGUCUUGUGUUUGCUAAUCUUACGGUGAACCAGAGAACACAAUGCCUUGAGACUAGAAUUUAGAUAUUGUCUUUUGGGGAUUGGAGGACUCAAUGAUUUUCUCAGCUUCCUACCAGAGAGAUCUCUGUCUGUUCAGUCUAUUUUGUUGAUGUUUGCAAGUGGUAUUGACAAUCCUUUCAAAUGUGAGCCUGAAAACUAUCAUUUAUUCCAAAAGAUCUUUGGAAGCACUUCUAUUUCCUUUUAAAAAGUUUUUGUGCUUUUUCUGUGUUCCCCAAAAAAAUUUUGUGACAAAUUUUAUAACAUUGACUCAAAAUAUAUCUAUGGCUAAAUUGGUAUGCCCUUGGAAUCUCCCCAUCUUGAAUCUAAAUAUAAAACUAAGCAUCAUCACUGUGGUGCAGGCCUUUAUACCAACCCUCCUAAGCAAUGAUCUCCAGAUAUAUUGUGUAGGGGAAAAAAUGAGCUAGAUUUCUUUUUGACUGCUUUGCCUGCAGAAUGACUGCAAUGAUAUUGACCCAAAUGAAAGCAGCAAAACCAUGGAUGAAAGCAACAAAGUCUCGUUGCAUGAGGUCCAGCAUGGGAGGGAUAGUAUAUGGGUAUAGUAGCAAUAAAUUACUUCGAUUUCUCAACUAAAGGACCAAGGUUCAUCCACUAUCACAUUUUACUUAGGAGGGCAAGAGGUGGUGUUGUGUGUUUAAAGUGUUGUGGAACUGAAUCGGGAAACAUGUGAAAUGAGAGUGGAAGGAGGUUGAGAGAUGAGCCCAUGUCUCAGAAAUCAAGAUAACCUAUCUGUCAGUAGGUGUGAUAGGACAAGUGGAACAAUACCAGUAUUUUGUGGCUUAGAAUACAGCACAGAGAAUCAUUUGGUGCCUCAAAACUAUGGAUUCUCAAACUGCUAGCAAACUUGACCAUAUGCAAAUGUAUCCCACUUGAAGAUUGUGUCCUCAUUUGUCAGAUUCAUAACCUGGUCUUUGCAGGGAAAGUCCUCCUGAAAAGCCAAGCACAAAGGAGAGCCAUAGACCCUUUUGUAAAUGAAAGUGAGAAGCUGGGGAGACUCUUUGAAAUGAGCCUUGGAGAUAAGCAUCCUUCCUUCUCAGGAUGGCUCUCAGCAUUGCCUGUGAGUCUUUGAGAUGUAAUGAACACUUUUUGACCAGUUUUCUCUGGGCUUAAUGAGGACCCCUCUGUUGCCGAUAGAGAAGUCAACUUACUUUUCUUAUGAAAUGGAAAACAAAGAGAGCAAUACGUAGGAUCAAGUAUAUAUUUAUAAUAGAGAUAGCUAGUCUACAGAACAUACCUUAUCUCUUCCACAUCUCUAAAGUGUUGUCAAAAUUAAAUGGGCUUACACCUUAAACUGAAAACCUCUUGUAAGGUAGAUAUUUUUAAUACAAUAAAGUAUUUAUAAAUAAAAUCAUUACUAAUUUUGCACACUUUUAUAAAUUAUAGAAAGCCAGUCCCUACUAGUUUUUCCAGUUGAAGUUUUCCCUAAGAAAGCUCUCUCAGGUCAUGCUAAUUAUGAAGUCACAAAAAUAAGAAGGAAAUUUCAGGAACCAUCCACUGAUUACGGACACUUCCUGCUCUAUAGCGUGUGUUUGGACUUACCUGAACUGGGAUUUUUUGAAGUCAUUUCUAACUGUGUUCUGUUGUCCCAAACGGCUAAUGGCAUGGCCUGAUAGAGAAACCUUAUGGUUUCCUUCCUCUCUUUUUCCACGGUUACUAGAGCAAUCACAUUGCCCACGUGGCUCUGUCAAACCAGAAUUUUAAUGCUUUGGAAGAUUUCAUUGAAGAAUUUCCUAGGAAUAACUAGGACUGUCUGCCAUGGGUGACAGAUGAGUGGGGUUUAUUAUAAAAUGUAUAACUUUGCAGUCCUGAAUAAAUUUAAGUUGGAUUCUUGGUAGAGGCAGUCUACCGUCUACCCCAGUAUGUUGUGGCAGGUAUUUAAGUCAUCUAAUGUAAGACGGCCAGUAGGAUCUCUCCCUAGAAACUGAAUACCUUCCAUAAUUAUAUUUGAUGGAUUCACUGUUUGUUGCUUGGGACAUUGACAGAGCUGGAGGCAAAAACAGACAGUCGUUAUUCUUGUAUCUCCUGGUGCAGUCUGCAGCAUCUGUUUUGAAGUAGAAUCCGGAAAUUCUGGCAUCUUUUCUUCUCAAACAUAAAAGUGCUAGGUACUGAUAAAGUUUAGACUUUAAACUCACCAAUGCAAAUAUCCCAAAGUUUGUCAGAGUUGAAGCAACAAUUUUAUUAUACUUUCCUGUUAAUUAUGCACAUUUUUCAGCAAUAGACUUUUUUGCUCUUCAAUAGGAAAUCUGUCACAGUUUGAAAAGGGCAGAGAUCUCUCGAGCUACCUCAUAAAGGUAUUAAAAGACAAAAUGGCAACCUCUGAAUAAAUUGCAAUAUAUUAAAGGCACAAAGCAAUAUGAUCAACUCUCCUUGAUGCUCUUUCAUUUUGUAAAAUUAGACUGGGCUAAAUGUACAAUGAACACCCCAAUAGCAGUCCCACUUGUACAUUCUGGUUAACAUAAUGUCAUUAAUAUGAAAUCUCUCAGGGCAGUUGUUUAGUUGUCUCCCUACAGACAUCCCAGAGCACAAAAACUGGCUCAGAAAGAGAAUAGCCUGAUAUUGAUUUGAGGCAGUGGUCUACCUAGUAAAAUGCACAAAUAAUCUGUGAGUAACUUCAAAAAAAAAAAAAUCCCAAGGGGUGCAUUCCUUAUCAGUGGAGGAGAAUAAUCAGCUUGUUUUGUUUGUCCUAGGCAAAUAAAAAAAGACAAUGUUGCCAGCAUUUGACAUUUAACUUGUUUUCUUUUCCACUGGAAGUAUUUGCUAUUAUUUUUCACUAAAUUAGGGCUCUAAAACACAGGUCACUUGUGGAAACAUUAGAAUCAGUGGAAAGAAAACUACUGGAAAGAAACAUUCUUCACCCACACAUAUACAAAUUAUAGGAAUGAGAGUAAAAUUUGAGCAUUUUUAUUUCCUGUGCUUUCCUAAAACAAAAACCCACUGUUAUCAAUUCUGGCUAGAUACAAUGUUAAUUCCUGUAACAAAAUAAAGAAGAAUGAUAAAAUGUAUGAAAUUAUGAGACUUCAAUGUCUUAACAAAACAAACCUCAUGGCAAACCACAAUUUCCAGAUGUCUUUCCCCAUAAGAAAAUUCUUUUCAUAACGCUUUAUUAUAUGUAGGUUCUUACUACAUCCCGUUCAUGAAAAUGGCCUCAUUUAUCACUCCCAAAAUAGUACAGAUAAACUAAUAAGCCAUUUAAAGCUCUCUGCUCUAUAAUUCUGUACCUUAGGUCAUACAACUCAAACUACCUUAUCGAGGAGAGCUUAAAAAAGAAUUUUGAACAAAAACAUCAUUAUCACAAACAUAUUACCUAAAUGGUAUUCCCAUCCAAAAAUAUCUCCUCUAAAAUAUGGGACUGCUUGAGUGUUCAUUUUAGACCUUACUAAGAGGGAAAUAUUCUAAAAGUAUCCAUUUCAAAUCUUACUAAAAAGGAAAAGAGAAAAUCCUUCCAAAGUUUCCAAAUUGCUUCAAGUUGGUCCAUUAUCAAAAUUUAUAUCCAUCUUGAUAAGUGAAAAAAUGUGUAAACCAGGUUUUUUAAACUAUAAUGAAAAAUAACUAAAUAACAAGUUAUUUCCCAUAGAUUUGCAUAUGCAAACAUACAUUUAAUAAUUAAAUAAAUCUCAUACCUCAAUCAAGAGAAAUUAUAUUCCAAAUAUUUCUUUGUUUAUUUUAUUAUUUUUAUAUUUUGGACAUACUGAGAUAUAAUAAUUUUAAAUUUCUCAGAAUUGUUCUGCUUAAGAAAUCUAUGUUGUAAAGCCUAAAGGUAAAAAUCUUAUGAAAAAUAACAAGUCUUAGCUACUUGGAAAAAAUGUCAUCACAGUUAUAUUUACUACAGUUCUACCAGACAAAGUUAUUUACAGCAUUUCUGGCUGCCUUGACCUUUCAUUUUAACAACAACAACAAAUCUAGUUCCAUUAGUCAUAAGAAGGAAAAUACAGUAUAUUAAAAUAGUAGUAAAUUUUACAUUCAUUUAUUCUGUAGUUCCUAGGGUCAAAUGACUUUACCAGGUCUUGCUUGAUCACAAUCCCAAAUGCUGAAGAAGCUAGUUUAUUCUUAGACUCAUCCUAUCCCCCUUCAUUUCUUACUGUUAAUAUUACAUGCCUCACAGAAUAUCACAUACACAAUUUAUUCAUCUAACUUUAGUGAGGACUUUGAACUUCCUAUCUUUUAGGAGUCUUUUUAGAGAAAGAUUUUUUUUUCUGUUAUAGCUAGAGAAUUAAUCUUCCUUAACAUAACAUCUCAUAAUAUCACAAUGUAACAUAACAUAAUCUAUACUUUUUAGUCUUUUAUCAAAUCAUAAUUCCUAAAACUUAUAAGGUAAAUUUUUAUCCCUUAAACAUUCAAGAAUACAUACCUUAAAAAUAGUAUAAUGAUAAUAUAUCAAUUAUCCCUCCAUGGUUAAGAUAAAGCACUCUGAAGCAAGUACAAAAUGCCUUGGCAUUUCUGAGAAAUCUUUUUUAUGAGUCCCUAAGUUCAUAAGUAUCUUGACAAUGUAUAAAUUACUAAAGUAUUACUAAAAUAUUUAGGUGGCACUUUAAGAACUCCAAGAAUUAUAUUAACUUCAAAUCUAAAGCAAUUUAUAAUAGACUCAAAUAAAUUCUACCUAAAAUUUCUCACAACAUUACAUUGCAUUACCAUAGUAAUUUUAACUAUAAAAAUUCUUGAACCAACCUUUUUAUUGCCAUACGAGUGCUACAAAAUAUGGAGACAAAAAUAAAUAAGGCAGCUGUUCCUGAGUAGUACAUGGGGAUUACUUACAAAACCUGUCACUUUAGCUGCACCCUAUACAGUUCCAAGUCUGGGCAAAAUUAUUCAUGAGCUCUUAACAUCACUUCUUUUUUUAAUUUUUUUAAUUUUUAAUUAUUACGGGUACAGAACAGUUGUAUGUAUUUACAGGACACAUGUGAUGUUUUGAUACAGGCAUAUAAUAGAUAACAAUCAAAUCAGGGUAAUUGGGGUAUCCAUCACCUCAAGCAUUUAUCAUUUCUUUGUGUUAGGAACAUUUCAAUUCCACUCGUUUAAUUAUUUUAAAGUAUGGCAUAACUCAUUCUUGACUGUAGUCAGCAAAAUUUCUAAAUCACGAAAACCAUUAUUAAAUAUUUAAAUACCCAAGUCCACUAUAUUCUGAUGAAUCAUGUGGUGACAUUAUAAGGAACAUAUAGACACCCAACAUUCACAGUAUUUAAAUGUACUUGAUUCCAAAAUUAUACCGAAACAAUUUAGUAAUCCACAAUAUACUUUAUUAUUUUUUUUCCAUGCCCACUCAGCAAAGAAUAGUAAUCCACAAUAUACUUUAGAAGCUUUGUCAUUGCAUAGCUAUUUUCAUUAUUGACAUCAUGUGCAUGACUAAAGGUCUGUCUAAUAAUGUUUCAUUUUGUUAGAGUUUUCCAUAAACUUUUUUUAAAAACAAAGAUGCCCUUGUUUCUUUUAUGGAAAUGCUUGAAUUUAUUCAGUAGUCAUUUUCCUGUCCAAAUUCAAUAUUUUAAUUAUUUCACUGUAUUCCUUUGUUUAAAUAUGUUCAAUUUUUAUUAUUUCUAAAAUCACUUUAGCUUAGAGUAAUUAAAACAUGUUUUUCCUUUAGGUAAGAAUAAGUAUGGCUAAAAAAGGGUGAAAUAAGAACUUAGUAAAAUUAAGCUGAGCACGUGAACAUAUUUGCCAGCAUGGAAUAAAGUUUGGGAAAAGUACAACUGAUUAUUAUUUAUAUAUGCAUCAGUCUGAAAUUCUCUACUGAUUUUAAUAAUGGCAGCUGACACGGCACAGCGCACAACCUUUCCUUGGCAGACACUUGAUAAUUACCUAUUCAAUGAAGAAAUAAAUAGAAGAAUCCUUGAGCUUCUGACUUGUCAUCCUAUGACCUAAUGAAAAGGAGGGAUUUAACAAUCUCAAUCUCUGAGAGCCCAUAUUUGUUUGUUUGUUUUUUAAGUCCCUGCCUCAUAUUACCUAAAGAAAGUAUAAGCCAUUGCGCUUUCAAAAAUUCAAAAUGUUACUCCUGUGCCCGCUUUUUUUCUAAUUUCCUAUUAGAAAUGAGUGGAUCAUGUUCCAUAUGUGAAAGAUCAAAUCCCUGGCUUGUGCUAUAGGCUAUGGGUCCCCUUUCCUCUAGCCUUCAGAAGUCAGUGUGAGAGCCCAUAUUUGGAUGCUUAUUUUGUUUUAUUUUCUGGAAUUUUCCUAGAGAGCCAGUUACACAGGAAUAAGUCCCCAUGUAAAGGAAAAAUUUCAUAACUGUCUUUUCCAAUAAGUUGAAAUGUGAAAGCCUAGAGCUAUACACAUCUUGAUAGUGAAAUAAAAGGGAAUGUGAUUUGACACAAAGAAAAAUAUCAAAAGACAGGGGUGAUUUAAAAAAAAAAGAGGUCUAUAAGAAAAAGUUAAAAAACAAAUGCAGAACUUAUUAAAGAGAACUAAACAACUGAACUAAAAAUUUUGAGGAGAGGUUGUGAUUUGGGGAAGGCAGUUGUUUUACCUUUUUAGAAUUUCGGAGUAUUACGGGGCUACAAAUGUUUUGGUUACAUGGGUUGCAAUUGUACUGCUUGGGUCAAAGUUAUAAGUG